AUGGAAAUUGCAAGUCGAGAAGAUCAUGACAUGCCUAGCCCAAUAAACACUACUUAUGUUAACGGUGGUGGACAUGCACACAUGAAUCAUCAUCAUUAUCAUCCUGCCAUUUCUGCUCCUUCACACCCACUCACAGUCCCCUCAAAUGGUAAUGGUCUUGGCAAAAAUCAUGACCAUCCUCCUCCUCCUCAUCAUCAUCAUCAUGUGGGUUACAACAUCAUGAUCAGCAACAUCAACAACAAGAAGGAGAAGCCUGUGGUGGUCAAAUACAAGGAAUGCCUUAAGAAUCAUGCAGCUUCCAUUGGAGGCAAUGCUGUUGAUGGUUGUGGAGAGUUUAUGCCAACUGGUGAAGAGGGCUCCAUUGAUGCACUCACUUGCUCAGUUUGUAACUGCCAUAGAAACUUCCACAGAAGAGAAAUUGAAGGCGAAGAAAAAACCUUCUUUCCCACUUACAAUCAUCACCAACCGCCUCCGCUGCAGAGGAAACUCAUGUUCCACCACCACCACAAGAUGGUCAAAUCACCAUUACCACAACAAAUGAUAAUGCCAAUCGGCGUUGCAACCGCAGCUGGAUCCAACUCGGAAUCAGAAGAUCUCAUGGAGGAAGACGGUGGAGGAGGCUUAACAUUCCGGCAGCCUCCACCACCACCACCUCCAUAUGGUGUACAUAAUCAGAAGAAGAGGUUUAGGACAAAAUUUACUCAAGAACAGAAGGAGAAGAUGCUGAGUUUUGCGGAGAGAGUUGGUUGGAAGAUGCAGAGACAAGAGGAAUCUGUUGUUCAGCAGUUUUGUCAAGAGCUUGGAGUUAGGAGAAGAGUUCUCAAAGUUUGGAUGCAUAACAACAAACACAAUCUAUCCAAGAAGAGCAACAACGUUAAUGACAAUGUCGAGCUUUCUGCUGGUAAUAACGACAUCAAAUCCACUACUGAAAAACUUGCUUCUAGUCCUUAA